CAAGUGCCACCGAUGUUGCUAUUGAAUCAUCGUCAAUUAUUCUUACGAGGUCAACUCUCUCAUCACUUGUCACGCUAAUCACAUUGUCAAAUGCCAUAAUACGCCGUGUUCGAUUGAAUUUCUUGUGGGCUUAUCUUUAUAAUACAUUGGCUAUACCAAUAGCAGCCGGUGUUUUUUUCCCGGCUUUUCAUUUUGCUUUGAGACCUGAAAUCGCGGGACUAGCGAUGGCUACGAGCUCUAUAAGUGUUGUGUUGAGUAGUUUGUGGUUGAGACACUUUAAAGAGCCUUUAGUGCCCGAAGUUAAAACUAGUUCUUAUGGUUGGGCAUUUUAA